CUGCAUACCUGUCACUCAAUUAUAUCCGUACCAGCUAAUGCAUGGGUCAUAUUGAUUAACUUACCAUCUACUAUUAACUGCAGUCUUGUCCUGUUUGGAGGGAUUUUGCAGGAAAUUUCAUCAUGGACAGCCAGGGUAGGAAGGUGGUGGUCUGUGACAAUGGAACUGGGUUUGUCAAGUGUGGCUUUGCUGGCUCCAACUUCCCUGAUCACAUAUUUCCUGCAAUGGUCGGACGACCCAUAAUUCGAUCAAGUGUUAAAGUGGGCAACUAUGAAAUAAAGGACCUGAUGGUUGGAGAUGAGGCCAGUGAGUGUCGUUCGAUGCUGGAAGUUACUUAUCCGAUGGAGAAUGGGAUGGUGAGAUGCUGGGAAGACAUGCUGCACCUUUGGGACCACACUUUUGGACCAGAGCGGCUCAACAUCAACCCAAAAGACUGCAAGAUCCUGCUGACGGAGCCUCCCAUGAACCCAACUAAGAACAGAGAGAAGAUCACAGAAAUUAUGUUUGAAAAGUACCAGUUUCAUGGGAUUUAUGUGGCCAUUCAGGCAGUGCUCACUCUCUAUGCACAAGGUUUGCUGACUGGUGUGGUGGUGGACUCUGGAGACGGAGUGACCCACAUCUGUCCAGUUUAUGAGGGAUUCUCUUUGCCUCACCUCACUCGCAGGCUCGACAUCGCAGGACGGGACAUCACACGCUACCUCAUCAAGCUCCUGCUGCUUCGGGGAUAUGCCUUCAACCACACAGCAGACUUUGAGACAGUGAGAAUGCUCAAGGAGAAACUGUGUUAUGUGGGAUACAACAUCGAACAGGAGCAGAGACUGGCCACUGAAACCACUUAUCUGGUUGAAACCUAUGACCUCCCUGAUGGGCGACAGGUGCGUGUUGGUGGUGAGCGGUUUGGAGCUCCUGAAGCUCUGUUUCAGCCUCAUCUCAUCAACAUUGAGGGGGCAGGAGUGGCCGAACUACUGUUUAACACCAUCCAGGCUGCAGAUAUCGACCUAAGGCCAGACUUCUAUAAGCACAUCGUCUUGUCUGGGGGGACCACCAUGUACCCAGGACUUCCCUCUCGGCUGGAGCGAGAAAUCAAGCAGCUUUACCUGGAGAGAGUCCUGAACGGAGACACACAAAAACUAUCUAAAUUUAAGAUCCGCAUUGAGGAUCCGCCGAGGAGAAAGCACAUGGUUUUUCUGGGAGGAGCAGUUCUGGCCAACAUCAUGAAGGACAAAGAUUCCUUUUGGCUGACCAGAGAGGAAUACCAGGAGAAAGGCCUGGGAGUGCUGCAGAAACUUGGAAGUAGCAUUAGAUAAAUACAGCAUUCAGAUAGAUACCAUUUUAAACAUGAUGUGAGAAAAAACGUAGUACUUCGGCUACGUUCGCAUUGAUCAAUUUUGAACUAUAUUGAGACUAAACCUGGAAAUUAACCUGGAGUAGACUAUGACUAAACCAGGACUAAACCAGGACUAAACCAGGACUAAACCAGGACUAGACCAGGACUAAACCAGGGCUGGAACAGGACAAGUGAGUACGCAGCUUAAGUUUUAAUUGCUUGUGAAAUGUGUUUUGGAGGACGUUUUUUUACACUGUUAUAUCCUCUUACAUAAAAAAUACAACCAAAUCUAGUUUUAUUUCGUUAUGAGUAAGGUUUCAAGUUAACCGGAGGAAUGGUAGCCAGAAUUUUCAGUAUCUUAAUAAUAUGCAUGCUCUUUUAUUCAGGUAAGGCUGCCAGCAGGGACAGUUCAGUGCAAUGAAUUCGACAGUAAUAAUUUAGCGACCCAAAAAUUACAAAGUAAAUGUACUGAAUUUCAGUUUACAUUUUAGCAUUACAGCACCACGACUAUUAAUUUAGCCUGUAUAUGUGUGAUUGAAUGCUUCUUGGUUGCUAAAUGUCAAAUUGUGAUGGCAAUAAAUCAAGUGCACAAUUAUAA